AUGGAACUAAUGUCCCUGUCCUGGUGUCUCAGUGCAGCUCUGGCACUGCUUUGUGGCUCAUCGUGGCCCCAGGUGCACUCAGCUCUGGCGCCUGAGAAUGAGGUGCCGCUGCGCCACACUACAUGGUUACUAGAAGGAAAGAUCACCUCUAUAACCCUCCCCAAAGGACGAACUCGCAGGCUAUACUUCGUGCUGAAGAAGAAGGCUCUGGCGAUGUCGGUGACCGUCAGCCCCUGUGACCUCCCCAUCGAAUGGACCCUGGCUGCCCGCACCCUGAAGGACAAACCCCUCAAGAGCCUGCAGUGGAGCACCAAAAAGAGCAUUCCCGAGGUGUGGUGGCGUGGUCCUGGGACUGAGGAGAAAAUACACAGCUUCACCGGCAAUGCAGUGGACACCUACAGGGGUCCCUCCUAUCCACAGGCCUCCAUCUACAUCCUAAGGCUGCGCUCCAAACAGCAGAGCACCAGAGCUGCAGUAUACCUCCAUGAAGGCCCGGGGCCCUCGGGCACCUUCCCGCUGCUCCCAGCCGACCCUCGGGUUCACACAUUAGGUGUAGGUAUGACCAGCGUCACCCUCAGCUGGGCGCCCAGCGCCUCCAUAGCCAGCCUUCCGCACAAACAGAAAAGUUACGAUUAUUGUGUCCUCGUCAACUCUCAGCAAAACUACCCCAGCCUCUGCGCUGCCCGAGAGAGCAUGAGGAAAGAGAAAGACCAGAAACAAGAAAAGAAGGAGAGGAGGAGGAGAGUGACGGUGUGGCCAAUUUUGAAAGAGUGGUGGUGGCAGCAGUGGGACACUUAUCCUGAGCCCCAGAGUCCAACUUCUUCCCUCACUGAUGAGCAUGCUGAUCUCCAGUGUGUGUGUCAGGGGACAGAGAGCGUCUGCACCAUCUCCGAGCUCCUGCCUGACACCCAGUAUUACUUUGACGUCUUUGUGAUGGACAGGCUGAACGGGACCAGCAGGGCAUACAAGGGGACAUUUGCUCGGACACACGAGGAGGCUCGGCCGGCGAUCACCACGCUAAGAGAAGGGGAGCUGAGGUGGGUGACCUUCCACGACAGAGGCUCUGACUCGGAGCAGUUCUUCAGCUUCCGUCCUCGGGGCUGGCAGCAGAGUGGUCUCCUCACCUUGCAGAGCUGCGGUGCGGGUGAGAAGGUCAAGGUCGCUGUGUCCAGUGAAGGUCAGGUUCUGACCUCCCAGGCUGUGGGGGGAGAUUUAGUGCACAUUUGGCUCCAGGGAAGUCCUUCCUAUCUCAUCCACUUACAGAGAGAAGGAACUGCCACAAGCCAUAUAACUGCUGGUAAAGAUCUAGCUCUACCAGGAGGUCUGACGGCUUCAGUCAAAAUGCAGACCUCCUCCGCCUACCACCGCAGAGGGGUCCCAUCUCUGCCCCCCACCUUGCAGAUAAAAUCCUUCAACCGGUUGCGUGGCUGCAACAGUGUCACCCUGGCCUGGAUGGGCACGGAGGAAAGAAGCCUGUACUGCGUGUACAGCAGAAAGCUGGGUAACCGCGAAGCAGAGGCUGGGGGAGUAACUGCGCCCUGUCUGGGGCCGGAGUCCCGCUCUGACACCGAAAGGGUUCUCUGCAAGUAUUUCCAGGAGCUGAAUCCUCGGCGGGCCGUCACUACAGCUGUGAUCGGGGGCCUGGAGCCAGGGAUGGCCUAUGUGUUUGAUGUCUAUCUAAUGAGACGCUGGGGGAUCCCUAUCAAGUAUGCCAGCAAGAUGGUGAAGACCAGAAAGGAAUGCUGA